AUGGCUACUGGUACUACUGUCGUUGGGGGAUUCCGAGGUGUUGCGAAGCGUGCCGCUUUCGGUGACAUGACCAACAUGCCCAAGACCAUCGGCCGCGACGAGGGGAAGAUGGUAAAGCUGCAGGCAGUAGCGGGCGUUUCGACUGCUACCUUUGUCAACAAGGAGAAUGCUCCUUACAAUGUCAAUGGCAAAGAUUCCUUCACUCGCCCGGCACAAAGAUCGUCCAACGGACACUCGAACAAACCCAAAGUGCUGGUCGCACCCGAUGCUGGCAAAAAGGCGGCGACUGGUGCUGCCCAGGAGGUGAAUACUGCUGCAUCGACUGCUGUUGGUGCCAACGGCUCGCGUCCCAUUGCCGUUGCACGACCUCGAACUGCAAAUGCAUCGGAUGGCGAGGUGAUUCUUUCUUCAUUCCGCGGCUCCUUUGACGUCGCUCCUUUGCAACCGCGACAUCACAAGAGCCAACCUCAGCUGAAGCUGCAGAACCAGCCCAUGCUUCGAAGAACACAGAGUAAGCAGCUUGAGAGGAUUGAUUUGACGUCUGACAAGCCAGCAAGGGCAUCAGGUUCGGACUUGAUUGGCAUGUCUUCGCGAAUUGUUGAGGAACAAGUUUGCGCUGAUCUUGCGUACUCUGCUGCGGAGCAUCAACCGAUUGGGCAAGUGAAUCACGCUGCCGUUGACGGAUACGUUGAGCUGCCUCCUUCAAAACUCUCACACAUCUCUGAGGAGCCUCAGCACAUUCCCGUCCCUUCUAGAGAAACACACACCCAAGCACUUUCAGAAGUCGAGGAAUACUGGGACGAGGAAGAAGACGAUGAUUACGACGACCAAGACCAAGCCUACACCACUGCACACUCCUUCCGAUCCCAAAACCUGACCACUGGUGGCGUAACAACCGUCCUUGCUCCUCGCGUGUCUGCCAAAGUGCAGCGUGAGCUGGAAGAGGCCAAGCUUGAAGUUCAACAGACUCGCUCGCUGGACGAUAUUGAGGAGGAAAUGUGGGACGUCAGCAUGGUUGCUGAAUAUGGGGAGGAAAUUUUUGAGUAUAUGCGAGAGCUGGAGAUCAAAAUGCUGCCCAAUCCGCAUUACAUGGAAAUGCAAACCGAAAUCCAGUGGUCGAUGCGAUCCGUACUGAUGGACUGGCUCGUCCAAGUUCACAACCGAUUUAGCCUACUGCCCGAGACGCUGUUCCUCACCGUCAACUAUAUUGACCGGUUUCUUUCGUGCAAGAUUGUCUCCAUUGGCAAGCUGCAGCUGGUUGGCGCUACUGCCAUCCUUGUAGCCUCAAAAUACGAAGAAAUAAAUUGCCCAUCUCUGGAUGAGAUUGUCUACAUGGUGGAUGGCGGCUACACCACCGAGGAAAUUCUCAAGGCUGAACGCUUCAUGUUGAGCAUGCUCAGUUUCGAGCUUGGUUGGCCAGGGCCCAUGAGCUUCCUGCGGCGUGUUAGCAAAGCCGACGACUACGACCUCGACACUCGCACACUGGCAAAAUAUUUCCUUGAGCUAACCAUUAUGGAUGAGCGGUUUGUAGCCUCACCUCCCAGCUUUUUGGCAGCUGGAGCGCACUGCUUGUCCCGAUUGGUGUUGAAGAAGGGCGAUUGGACCAAGGCACAUGUCCACUAUUCUGGAUAUACCUGGACUCAACUGAAGCCUUUGGUAACGAUGAUGAUUGAGUGUUGCGAGCAACCGGCGCUCCACCACGGCGCCGUUUUUGAGAAAUAUCAGGAGAAGAGAUUCAAGGAGGCUGCGACUGUUGUUCAGCACGCAUUGGAUGCCGGCUUUACCCUGCCGCACCACGCUGCCCCCAUUCGCGCAAUGCGCGGGCAGACUGAGGAGUUGGCAGAUCCACUUCAGUACUCAAGCAACUUUCUAGUUUCCACCGAAAGCUAA